UUCGUUUUAUUCAAUUUUCCCGUCCUUUCUCGGCCUCCCUCUCUUCAGAACUCGAUCGGCAGGCCCUCGUCCUCUCUAUUCGGAUCGAUUCCCACCGCAACAAACUCUAGUUCUCUUUCCGGAGACGAAUCGGACCUAAGGCUCCUCCCUUUUUCUUCUUUCUUCUCUCUUUAUUCCCCUGCAAAAUAGGGCUCGGUGUCCUCCGCCGUCGAUUGCGACCAAAUUAGGGUUCUGGUAAUUUUUUUCUUUUUCUGAUUUAGAGAAAUAUUGGUUCUUUGAUCCCUUCUGUAUUCAAUUUUUCUGUUUUUUUUUUGUUCGUUUUGGGUUCUGCCCUAGGUUAGACGGAGACAAAAAAAAUUGGAAAAAAAAAAAAAAGUAAAUUCUUUGAUUCUUUUCUUGUAGAUAAAAUUGUUCACGGCGUCGUGGGCUUUUGGUUUUCGAUUCUUAGCUGAUCUUUUAGGUUCUCUGCUUCCUUCCUGUGAAACUCUGUGAAAUUUUUGGGCGUCGUUUUAGUUUGCCAUCAGAAAUUGAGGGUUUUUCCUUGUAGAUCUUCCUCCUUUUGUUUCAUAUUUUUUUUUCCUUGAUUUUUUAUCCUCAGUUCUUUGAUCCGAAAAGAAAAAAGAAAACCAAAAAAAAAGAGAGAAAAAGAAAAAAAAAAAGAAAAAAGAAAAGAAAGGGUUGUGGAAAUCUAGGGUAAGGUAUUGUACAUGUAGAGAAAAAUUGGGUUGGGGUGUAGUUUCGAUGGCCUUGAAUUUUUCCCAUCGACCAUUCUUUGCGGCUCAUCUGUCUGAGGACAAUUUGGUGUCACCGAUGAGGAUUCACAAUGGGUACCUUGCCGAUGGUAUCUCGGAGAGGAAUGGAGAUGGUUUUGGUAGGCCGUGGCACUCUAACCGGGAUGUGGAGGAUCCCUUUGAUUAUGGGAGGGAUAGAUGUGAUAAGGGCAGCUCACAGGAGCCAGUUUCGAAUGACAUUAUUGAUCUUUUGCCUUCGGACCCAUUUGGGAUGGAUAUAAGUACAACUUUUACGGCCAUCACGGGGUGGCUCGAGGAUUUGGAAAUGGAUUAUGGGUGUUAUGGAAGGGAUGAUGUGGGGACUAGCAAUGGGAAUUAUGAACUUUUUGCGGGAUUGAAUUUUAUUUGGAAUAAUGCUAUGAGGUUCCAGACAUUCCCUGGGAAUCUUGGGGUUGAUCGCAAGUCUAAAGUAGCAAGCGGAUUCCGUGGGUGUUUUAAAGAGAAGCGGGUGGGUGACACAUCCUCCCAUGGUGGCUUGGUUGGGUGUUUGAAAGAGAAGCAGGUGGGUGAUGCAUCCUCCCAUGGUGGCUUGGUUGGGUGUUUGAAAGAAGAGCAGGUGGGUGAUGCAUCCUCCCUAGGUGGUUUCAUUGGGUGUUCUAAAGAGAAGCAGGUCGUUGAUGCAUCCUCCCAUGGUGGUUUGGUUGGGUGCUCCAAAGAGAAGCAGGUCGUUGAUUCAUCCUGCCAUGGUGGUUUGGUUGGGGUUGUUGAUUCAUCCUCCCAUGGUGGUUUGGUUGGGUGUUCAAAAGAGAAGCAGGUUGUUGAUCCACCCUGCCAUGGUGGACUUGGUGGGUGUUUGAAAGAGAAGGGGAUUGGUGAUGCAUCUGAUGCAUCAUCCUUCCAAGGUGAUUUCGAAUCAGCUUGUGCAGUGGCUGACAUUUUGUCUUUUCGCAAUGAAACUUGUGGUUUUUCCAAUCAGCAAAAUGUAGAGCCUCGGCAUGUCAAUGGGAUUUGCUCUGUUGGAGAUGGAGGAGCUCAUGAUGGAGCUUUGAUGUUGGCCCUUAGUUAUCUGGGUGUGCGGGAUCUCCUUGUUGUGGAAAGGGUUUGCAGAUCUCUCUAUUCUACAGUUCGUGGCGACCCCCUUAUGUGGAGAAGUGUUCACAUAGAUCAGCCACUGAAUGAGAAACUUACAGAUGAAGUUCUUUUGCAAUUGACUGAUAGGGCUCAAGGAAAUUUGCAAUGCUUGAGCCUGGUGGAGUGCCCUAGGAUCACUGACGAUGGUCUCAAGCGUGUGCUUGAAAAUAAUCCUAGGCUUACCAAGUUAAGUGUGCCUGGAUGUACUAGACUCAGUAUUGAGGGCAUUGUGAAUAGUUUAAAGGCUUUUAAGUCUAAGGGUGCACAUGGUGUGAAGCAUUUACGAAUUGGCGGACUCUAUGGUGUGACACAGAAGCAUUUUGAAGAGUUGAAAUCUUUGUUGGGCACUGAUAGCCAGAUGCAGCAGAAUGCCCGCAAGCCGCACUUUUAUCACCGAGGGAACUUUUAUUUGUCCUGUGAUGAUGAUAGUGACAUUGAUAUCGAAAUGUGCCCUAGAUGCCAGAACUUGAGGCUUGUUUAUGAUUGCCCCGCAGAGGCUUGUCAAGGAAAAGAACAUCCUACUCAGUUAUGCAGGGCCUGCACACUAUGCAUAGGGAGGUGUGCUCAGUGUGGUCGGUGCAUUAAUGAUAGUGAAUAUGAGGAAACAUUCUGUCUGGAGUUGCUUUGCUCAGAUUGUUGGAAGCAGCUACUCAAGUCUCAGGAGGGGGAGGAUACAGAGUUUGUUCCAUCCAACUCUGCUGUUCUCCAUGAACAGAAUCAUAGCUUUUGUCGCCAUGGCUAGACACCGUUGGUUGUGCAGAUCUGCUGUUACAUGUUAUGGAUGAGAAAUUGCAAGUGGUUACUUUAGACAUCUAUCAAGAAAUAUUAAAGAGAUACUUUUAAGACUGGUUCCUUUGUCUCAUUGCCGCUCGGGUUAGCUGACUUUGUUGGGUUCAGCCUAUCAGUUGGCUUCAACUUUGGUGGUUUUCUUAGGGUAUCACCUGUUCCUGCUGUUAAUGCUCUGUGAUGAAUUGAGAAAAUUCUAUAGAAGGAAAAAAAAAAAAGAAAAAAAAAAGAGAUGGUAACUUAGGAAAUGAAGAAUUAUUAGACAAAGUUCUGCAUCCAAUCAAAGGUUUGAACUUUGUUUCUUGGUGAUUUCUUUGGCUCUGGUACGAAUAAAAGCUUUAUGAGAGUAUGUUGAUUUGCAUGUGAAUAGUGGGUUGUGAAGUUUAGAAUACUGGGAUGUGAUGUGGUCUAGCAGCUCGGUCAGGAGGGGUAACUUCUUGUAAAAAGCAAAGUGGAAAGAUGACUUAUUUGUUGUGGUAGGGGUUUUGCCUCUAUGUUGGCUCUUUGAAGGAGGCACUCGUGUACCUGUGGGAUGUGGUGCUGUUCUCACAAUACUAUGAGUUCUUCUGUAUGAACUCUCUGCUGGCUUUUUGAAGAGCACUUGUCUACCUGUGGAAUUUGCACUGUUCAUCCAAUCUAUGAGUUACAGUGACCAUUGUUUCAGCCAUGCCCAAUCCCACAAUGAAUCAUGCCAAUCGUUCUUCUUAGCUGUGCAGCAGUUUAUGUUACGAAGAUUGCUGUUGUAGCACGCCCAUCUGUGGCGCACUAACAGGGAUGAAGUCUCUUGCAGGAGUGCAGGACUAUCAAUUUCUGUUCAUUCCACAGAUGCAGCUUCUAUUAUGCACACCCUGUGCAGCCUUCAUGGGUUAUGCUUGUGCUGUCGAGGAGAAUAUAUGUUGGGCUUGAUAUUGUUCUGGCUGAUAACUAGAAAGAAGACUUGUCAAUGCUUCCUUUGAGAUGAUUGAACGUUGUAAAAUAAAUUCGAGAAUCAAUACCUUGAUGCCAAGGGAUAAAUUUCUUGCAUUAGAAUUUUUUUAGCAUCUGUUGAGAUAGUUUGUUAAUGUAUUCUCAUCCAUCUUCCUGUUGAUGGAUGCUGGUCUCUUGCUCUUUUUGUUGUCGUUAAACACAGGAUUAUCUUGCUUUGUAAUAAACAUGCAAUCACAUACGGGAAUUUAUCAUUCUCAUCA